AUGGAGGCCCUGAAUAGCCGAAGCUCACAAGACGCUGAAAUCCCUGACCAGCGGGUCCACUCAGCAAAAAGAUAUGGGCCUACAUGUCUGUGUCCCGGGAGCGUCACGGAAACCGCCGGUUUCUUUGUUCUUCAGCAUAUUGGACGCCGGCCACCUGCUCGACAGAAUGCAUCCUGGGGAAAGCAGCAAGAGAGAGGUCAGCAGCGGAGGCAGCAUCGACGCCCUGCCGGAUGGCGUCCUGGAGCACAUCCUCGGCUUCCUGCCUGCGCCGGAGGCUGUGCGGACGUGCGUGCUCGCCCCGCCGCUGGCGCUACCUCUGGAGGUCCGCCCCAGGCCUGCGCGUUGGGUGAUGGCCCAGGCCUGCGCGUUGGGUGGCCAGAUGAUGGCGAGCAGGCCUCGCCACCAGUGAAGGAGCAUCGGGAGUUGGUGGACCGCCUGCUCCUCCUCCGCGGAGGUUCACCGCUUGACACGUGCGACAUCAGGUUGGGCGAGUUCCAGGACGAUGACGUGCCACGCGUCAACUUCUGGGUCUGGCAUGCUAUAUCGUGCAAAGUCAGUCAGUUCACGCUCGGUAUCUAUUGGCAUCGCUAUCUUAAGCUAGACGAUCUGCCUCUCGUCUCCCAGCACCUCACCAGGCUACAGCUGCGUGGAGUUUGGGUCCACAGCAGUUUUCUUGACUUCUCCAGCUGCCCAGCCUUGGAAUAUCUGGAGUUGCUUUGCUGUAAUCUCUUGAUGGUCAAGAAUAUCUCAUCUGACUCCCUGAAGCAUCUAAGCAUCACGGAGUCCCGCUUCCCUGAUGGAUUGAAUCAAUCCAUGUUCAGUGUUGUUCUACAGUCUCCCGGACGCACUCGCAUUUAUGCGCCAAAUCUGGUUUCACUGCGCCUAGAUGGCCUUGAGAACUUGACUCCCAUGCUUGACAGCAUGCCAUCACAAGUCGUGGCAUUUGUCCGAAUAACAGAGGAUUGUUGCGACUUCUGCGUUAAGCUAUCUGAACCAGACAUCACAGAUUGUGUUUGUGAGUUGUGUGACAGUUCUCGUGGUGGCACCAGCUAUGGUUGUGUGCUUUUCAAAGGUUUAUCAAAAGCUAAGAGUUUGGUGUUGGUUUGUACUACAUCUGAGUAUGACACGAUUCUUUUCAAAUGGGAUAUGAGAUGGUGCCCUGUGUUCAGCAUGUUAAAGACCUUGGUGCUCAAUGAAUAUUGGUGUGUUCUUGAUUAUGCUAAUCUAUUGCUUCGUAUUCUUGAACACUCACCAGUUCUUGAGGAGCUCACUCUUGAACUUUUUUCUGAGGGGCCUAACUAUGAAGUGGAGAUGAAAGGAAGCAUCAAUCAGAUGGAGCGAUCAGCUAAGAUUUCAGAAUACCUUAACAUAGUCAAAAUCAAGUGUCAGAUUGUUGAUGAAAGUGUUCUCAAAGUUUUGGAGUUCCUACGCACCUUUGACAUAUGUAUCAACUUAUUCAUAUGUCUCAAUCAUUGCUUAUAUAUCUUUAUGUUGGUGCCUCAUUAUUCAAUCUCUGUUUAUUUAUGGAAGUUAAUUGAGCAUGUUCAAUCAGAUUGGGCAGAAUGUUGGUCAAAAGUGAAUUUCCUAUUCAGGGAAAUGUGUUCCUGUAGUUUGAAGAUUCUGUCUAGUAACUUUCUGGUUUUGGUUUCUGAAAUGAGCCGCUAG